AUGUCGCUAGAUGAAGAAGCCCUUGAGGCAGUCGCCAAUGGCGGCUCGAUCGACCUCGAGAAAUGGGCAGGAAUAGUCGUUCCGCUGCUGGAACGGUUGGAAUAUAAUGUCUACAACGUUUUCCCCAUGCCAAAGGUGCCACCAAGCUCCUACAACCCACAGCCGCGUCCCCCACCCUCCGAGUCCAACGCAGUUCCAGAGAGUAGCAAUAAGGAGAAUACUGCCCCUGGAGACCUACAAUCUCCCCAACAGCCACAGCAGACCAGUGGUUCGCCGCCUUCAAACGAGCUCGUACCGGAUUCUCAGCCCCAGCCUUCUUCUCCACGGACAAAUGACGUUCUCCCCCCGCCGCUCGCGCUUCUCCUAGGAUCUAUUCGCUCGUCCGUCCAAUCCUUCUUCGUGGCAAAGCCGCCGCACACGAUCCAGAGACUUGCGGAGCUCAUUCUCCGGCCAACAGCUCAUUAUAAAACACUUCCCGCGUAUCUGCGAGCCGUGGACCGCGUUGUUUCCGUCACCAGUGGUGCCGACGUGUUCCCUUUCAGCGCUCCACCUAGCACCAGUGCGCAGUCGAAUGGGCUGGUACAUCCCACCAAUAGCGCUGGGGCCUAUCUGACACCGGACUAUACCUCUGGUCUGGGAAGUGAUGAGUCGCUAGGAGGAGCUCUCCUUACGCCAAUUCCGUGGUUAACCAAUGCUUCUUUCGAGGGUGGGGAUGGCGGUAUAGCGGAUGCACAAGGACUCACAACGAUCCAGCCACAAGAGGUCGAAGCUGCAACGACAGCAACGGCCGAAGGCGAUGAUGAGGCCAAAGUUGCUUUCGGUUCCCCGCCAGCGGACACUUCAGAGGAAGUUCCUCAUGCCCGGGGUCCACCAGUUGUUGGUGUAGAGGAUUUAGGAUUACAAGAUGGGAAGGGCGUGGAGAUGACCCUGAGUGAGCCCAUUGCACAGGAUGGCGCGUCGGAUCCAUCCUCGGUGACUUCCACCCUUGUCGAUGGGGAGUCAGUCCCCGCCGAUAAAGACGGAGAUAUCGUACUUGAUGAUAGCACGCCCAAGGAGGAAACCAAAGCGGACGACACGACAGCUGCAGUAACCAAGACGGGUGACGAACAAUCCGAAGAAGCAGGAGAUUCUGCGCCAGCUGCGCAGAUCGGGAAGGAAGAGUGA